AUGCUUGGCGCCAACAGCUUCGCGGGACGGCGCAAGUCACUCUACUUGUGCCUGGCCUUUGCAGCAGCGGUGAUUUGUUUCCUAAAUCUCAUUUUCCUGACUCGCACCGUCGACCACACCACCCUUCGCCUGCCUGGCCUGUCUUUUUUCCGCCCCCAACACAAACACCUCGAAGGCACCUAUGCGCGCGAUCAACACCCAAUUAGCGAUUUGAUGAACGAGGCCAAUCGUCGCUGGCAACAAUACGAGCAGAGUCGCUCAACUAGCUUCCGCGAGACCGUCGCCAAGUACCGCGAGACCUACGGACGCCACCCGCCGCCGGGUUUUAAGGAGUGGUAUCAGUAUGCGCGCAAGCAUAAUGUCCACAAUGUCGACGACUUCCAGCAGAUCACCGGUGACCUACGCCCAUUCUGGGCCGUUUCUCCCAAAGAAAUCCGACAGAUGGCGGCCCGCUUGCAGCAGAGUCCCGGAAUUGCGGGGGUGCGCGUUCGCGAUCACAAGGUUGUCUCGCACUCGGAAGGGUGGCGCGUCGAAACUCUGGCAGCCGCAGUUGACCGGCUCGCCGAAUACUUGCCGGACAUGGAUAUCGCCAUGAACACCAUGGACCAGCCCCGUGUCAUGGCGACCUACGAGGAUAUCCAAAACCAUCUGCAGGUCGAGGAGAGCACGAGAGCCAUUCCCGAGGACGCCGCGGACCAGUUCACUCAGGGGAUGGAUGGAUUCUACAACGAAGAGGCAGGUGUCAACGAGGAUCUGGAUCCGGGAUGGUUCUCUGUUGCUGGCAAACCCUACAUGGAUUUUGCGAAGGAGGCCUGCCCGCCCAACUCCCCAGCUAGAGGCUCCAACUUGACUUUGCAAGACGCGGAUAAGCUGUACAAAUCCUCGUAUGGCGACUUUGUCUCUAACUUUACCGGUUCCUCGGAUCUCUGCAUCGUAGGACCCGAGCUUGGAGAUAAGCAUGGUUUCCUCUUCUCCGCCUCGAGCAACGUCAUCACGAGAAAAUUGCUGCCCGUCUUCGGUGAAUGCAAGGUCAGCGUGAACAACGACAUCCUCUUCCCGGCGAACAUGUACUUCUUGAAAGACCCUCGUUAUGUCUACAACUCGAAGCACGACUUUGAGUGGGAGGACAAGACUGACUCCCUGCUCUGGCGCGGCGUGACCUCUGGGGGUAUCCAGGUGGAGGACAACUGGUUCAAGCUGCACCGUCAACGCUUCGUGCGGAUGGCCAAUGCCACCGAAAUGGACCUGGAGAAGGUCUCGAUCCUCUCCAAGGACAGCCGCGAACAGUACCAGAUUGUCGAUGACUUCCGCCCCUCUGACUUCGCCACGUCUUAUUUCGACGUCGGUUUCACCGAGGCUUGGGGCUGCAUCCCCGACUGCCACUUUUACGAGGGUGUCUGGACAUACAAGGAGCCCAAGGCAUUCUCGGAGCAGUUCAAAGCCAAGUACUUGGUCGACAUCGACGGCCACAGUUUCUCCGGCCGCUGGCGCGCCUUCCACCAGAGCAAGUCGCUCGGCCUCAAGGCUACCAUCUUCCGCGAGUGGCAUGAUUCGCGCCUCUUCGCCUGGCGCCACUUCGUCCCCAUGGACAACCAAUACGGCGAUCUGUACUCCUUGAUGACUUACUUCAUCGGGCUGCACCCGUCCGCCUCCGAAGACCCCCUCCCGAGCCACGGGCCCUCCGUGCCCCGCCACGACUUCGAGGCCGAGGUGAUUGCCGCCCAAAGCCGCGAAUGGGCGCAUCUCGCACUACGUGAUGAAGACCUGGAAAUUUACCUCUACCUUCUCCUUCUCGAGUACGGGCGUAUUGUCGAUGACAACCGUGAUAACAUCGGGUAUAGUGGCGACGGAAGCGAGCUGGACCACUUUGACGCGCAACACCCAUUCCCCCAAGCAUUGCAGCCUCUGGUCGAUGGGUGA